AUGCAUGACAAUCGGAAUAUUUUUGAGUUAGUAACUUUCGUGUACCGUUGUAAUUUGUAGUAAGAUGGAAAUAUUAAAUCAGCAUCUAUCAAAAAUCCGAACACCUCUUGGAGGUGAACAAGUGUUUAAAGACGAAUGUGUGUUUUCAUUUGAAACACCGGAUUCUGAAAAUGGUUUAUUUAUCUGUUUAAAUACAUUCUUGGGCUUUGGACACAAUCAUGUAGAAAGGCACUAUCAGAAAACAGGGAAUGCUGUUUAUUUGCAUAUAAAAAGAAUCAAGAAAGAGUUGAAACAAGACAAUGGUUGUGGUGAUGAAACAAAAAAACCAACAAGAUUAGCUAUUGGAGUUGAGGGAGGUUUUAUUCCAGAAGAAGGUACUAAGUAUGAAGUUUUGGACUUUACUUCUAUUGUAGUGUUACCAGAUUUCAUUGAGAUCCCUCUUCCCAAUCCUGAUCUUCCAGAGCUGGUGCAGUUAUCUGUGGCUAGCAUAUUGGCAGCACAGUCUCCAACAAGAGCUGGGGAGGCCAGUGCCUUAGAAGGGACUUGGGAUGGCGAGAAAAGAAAGGUUUCAAAGUAUGCAGAUACCCUAGUGCAGUUAGACAAUGAUCUGAGAAUUCCACCUAAAGGCUGGAAGUGUGAGAGAUGUGACAAGACGGAUAAUUUGUGGCUCAACCUUACAGAUGGCAAAAUACUUUGUGGCAGGAGAUUUUUUGAUGGAAGUGGUGGGAAUAACCAUGCUGUUGAUCACUUCAAGGAAACAGGCUAUCCCCUGGCAGUGAAACUUGGAACUAUUACACCAUCAGGUGGAGAUGUUUUCUCAUAUGAUGAAGAUGACAUGGUUGAAGAUCCCAACCUAGCUAAGCAUCUAGCUCAUUUUGGAAUUAACGUAACUCAAAUGGAAAAGACAGAGAAAUCAAUGAUUGAGUUGGAGAUUGACAUGAAUCAGAGGAUAGGAGAAUGGGCUAUUCUUCAGGAAUCUGGUAGCCAUUUAGUUCCAAUGUAUGGUCCAGGUUACACAGGAUUAUCAAACCUUGGCAACUCCUGCUAUAUGAAUUCUGUUAUGCAGGUGGUUUUUUCCAUCCCAGAUUUCCAAAAGAUAUAUUUUGAGAAUGCAGAGAGAAUCUUUGACUCUGCUACAGCAGAUCCUGCCAGAGACUUCACUGUACAGAUGGCAAAAUUGGGCCACGGAUUAUUAUCAGGUGAUUACUCAAAGCCACCACCAGAUGACACUGUUGAUGGAAAUAUUUCAAACAAAAAUCAACCUGGCAUAAAACCAAGUAUGUUUAAGACUUUAAUUGGCAGAGGACAUCCUGAAUUUUCUACAAAACGUCAACAAGAUGCUCAAGAAUAUUUCUUACAUCUUGUGAAUGUUAUAGAGAGACACAGCCGAGGUAGAGAGAAUCCAGCAGAGUGUUUUAAGUUUGAAAUUGAAGAGCGUCUGCAGUGUGUUAAAUCAGGAAAAGUUAAAUAUACAAAAAGAAUAGACUAUCUCCUUUCACUUCCUAUCCCUCUAGACCUUGCUGUAAAUAAAGAUGAAGUUGCUGCAUUUGAAGCUAAGAAAGCUGUAAUAGAAGCUAGAGGAGAAAAAAUUGAUCCUAAUGCAGUUAUUAGGCCAAAAAUUCCACUAUCAGUAUGCUUGGAAAACUUUGCUGCUCCUGAAACUCUUGAAGAUUUUUUUAGCACAGCCAUAAAUGCAAAAUCCACAGCUCUGAAGACAACUACAAUUAAAACCUUUCCUGAUUACCUGAUGAUACAGCUUAAAAAGUUCACCUUAGCUGAUGAUUGGGUGCCAAAGAAGUUAGAUAUAUCAGUGGAUGUACCAGACAUUCUUGACUUGUCAUUCCUACGAGGAAAAGGAUUGCAGGAAGGAGAGGAAGAACUACCGGACCCUAAACCUGAUGAACCAGAGUUUGACCAUGCAGUUUUGACUCAACUUUUUGACAUGGGAUUUCCACAAGAAGCCUGCAAGAAAGCUCUGUAUAACACAGAAAAUGAAGGUAUAGAAGCAGCAAUGAACUGGAUAAUGGAACAUAUGAAUGAUCCAGACUUUGCUGACCCCUUCAUACCAGUGGGAAGUUUGAAAGACAAUACAAAAGAUGACUUUGUUCCAAAUAUAGAAGCAUUAGUCACCAUAGUUUCAAUGGGUUUCUCUCAAGAUCAAGCAAAAAAAGCACUUAAAGAAACAGAUAACAAUGUUGAACGAGCUUUAGACUGGAUAUUUAGUCAUAGUGAUGAACUGGAACCAACUCCUAUGGAGACAGAAACUGGUAGUUCCUCUACUGUCCAGUUUCGAGACGGAAGAGAAAAGUACCAGUUGAUUGCUUUCAUCAGUCAUAUGGGCUCAUCGACUUUAGUUGGCCACUACGUCUGUCAUAUCCUGAAAGAAGGACGUUGGGUCAUCUAUAAUGAUAAUAAGGUUGCUUUAUCAGAACACCCUCCAAAGGAUUUAGCAUAUUUAUAUGUAUUCAAAAGACUAUGAGAAUAUUUUGUUGGAAAUUUGUUGGAGAUAAUUCUUUUUCUCUGUGCUUUAUAAACAAGCCAACUUAAAUAUUUAUAGUACUUUAAUGCUAUAAAAAUAUGAAUUAGAUAAAUUCAAAGUUAAACAGGAUAUCUGCUCUUAAUAAUUUGUUCCAAUGUUGUUAAAAUGAAAAGGGAGAAGUAAAUUUUUUUUGGUCACAACAUUUUCCUCACUUAAGUCAGUCAGUUCUAUGUACUAAAAACAUGCCUAUUAGCAAGUGUGUUUAAUAAAAAAUAUAAUAUUUAA